AUGGCCGCCGCGCGCCCGGAGCCCCGGAGUCCAACCUCGCAGGCCUCAGAGUCCAGAUCCCCGGAGCCACCGGACCUGGUCCUGGUGCCAGAUGAUGUCUGCCCCGCGACCCCUCCAGGUGACCUCAUCGAGAUCCAGGUGGUGAAGGUGACCGAUAGCACCCUGGUCCCCGAGCCUCCGGAGCCAGGCUCACUCCACUGUGCAUUGUGCCCAGCCGCCUUCCGGCUGGUUUCUGAGCUGCUGUUCCACGAACAUGGCCACCUUGCUGGGGUCGAGGGUGGCGGCCAGAGUGGGGACUGGAGCCGGUGCCACGUGUGUGGGCACAGCUGCCCGGGGCCGGCCAGCCUGCGGGCGCAUUACAGCCUGCACACGGGUGAGCGGCCCUACCGCUGCCCGCUCUGUCCCCGGGCCUUCAGGGCCCUGGCGCCUCUGCUGCGGCACCAGCACCGGCAUGGGGUGCAGGUGGGGCCCCCGCGGAGGUCCCCGGAGGCGGCAGCGGCUGCGCCCCGGGCGCGCCCCGAGGUGGUGAUGGCCGCAGCGGCAGCCGGGGCGGCGGUGGGCAAGCCGUUCGCCUGCCGGUUCUGCGCCAAGGCCUUCCGGCGCUCCUCGGACAUGCGGGACCACGAGCGCGUGCACACGGGCGAGCGGCCCUAUCACUGCGGGGUGUGUGGCAAGGGCUUCACGCAGUCCUCGGUGCUCAGCGGCCACGCACGCAUCCACACGGGCGAGCGCCCCUUCCGCUGCGGCCUGUGCCAGCGCGCCUUCAACAACUCCUCCAACUUCCGCAAGCACCAGCGCACCCACUUCCACGGGCCGGGGCCCGGCGUGGGGGACCCCGGGGGCGCGCGGGGGCCUGCGUCCGCGGGUGCGUGGGGGGCGGCCCGGGCCUUGGAGGGAGGGCCCAUGGACACUGUGAAGGUGGAGGUGGACCAGUAG